UUUCUCUCAGCCCCUCACAGUCCAAUCGGAGCAAAAGACAAAAAGUACCAAAUUCACUCAUUUUCCUUUCUACACACCAACCAGCAAAGCUCUGCUUUAAUGGCGACGCUCAGAUUUUCCGGCGCAGCGUCCGAAUUAACCUCUUCUACGGCCUCCAUUGCCGUCGGAUUUUCCCCAUUGCUAUCCAAAAAUGCACGCCGCGGCGUCUCCUUCUCCAGGUGUCGCCGGAAGAGUUUUGGCAACGACAAACGGCGGCGGAGUGGCGGGGUUUAUUGCUCGUUUAUACCUAUGGAUACUGCCAGGAUUAAGGUCAUCGGAGUCGGCGGUGGUGGUAACAAUGCCGUUAAUCGCAUGAUUGGCAGCGGAUUACAGGGAGUGGACUUCUAUGCCGUGAACACGGAUGCUCAGGCUCUAUUGCAAUCUGUUGCUGAGAACCCUAUUCAGAUUGGAGAGCUUUUGACUCGUGGACUUGGUACAGGUGGCAAUCCACUAUUAGGGGAACAGGCUGCAGAGGAAUCGAAGGAAUCGAUUGCCAAUGCUCUCAAGGGAUCGGAUAUGGUGUUUAUAACAGCUGGAAUGGGUGGUGGUACAGGUUCUGGUGCUGCUCCUAUUGUCGCACAAAUAGCAAAGGAAGCUGGCUACCUCACUGUUGGUGUUGUUACCUACCCUUUCAGCUUUGAAGGCCGUAAAAGAUCUUUGCAGGCUCUUGAAGCAAUAGAAAAGCUCCAGAAAAACGUGGACACACUUAUAGUGAUUCCAAAUGACCGUCUCCUAGAUAUUGCCGACGAACAUACUCCACUACAAGAUGCUUUCCUUCUAGCAGAUGAUGUGCUCCGUCAAGGUGUCCAAGGGAUAUCUGAUAUAAUCACGAUACCUGGUUUGGUGAAUGUGGAUUUUGCGGAUGUUAAGGCAGUAAUGAAAGAUUCAGGUACUGCUAUGCUUGGAGUAGGAGUUUCCUCUAGCAAAAACCGAGCCGAAGAAGCGGCCGAACAAGCAACUCUGGCCCCACUCAUCGGCUCGUCUAUCCAAUCCGCCACCGGAGUUGUGUAUAAUAUUACCGGAGGAAAGGAUAUAACACUGCAAGAAGUAAAUAGAGUCUCACAGGUUGUGACGAGUUUAGCAGAUCCGUCUGCGAAUAUUAUAUCUGGUGCGGUUGUGGACGAGAGGUACAAUGGGGAGAUUCAUGUUACGAUCAUAGCAAGGUUUACACAGUCGUUUCAGAAGAAUCUUCUGACUGAUCCGAGGGGAGUAAAGCUAAACGAUAAGUCCUCUGGGAAAAUAGACGGAAAUAAAUCCCCCGCCACACUCGGUUCAUCUUCCACACGUGCCACUACUCAAAUGCCUACUAGGAGGCUCUUUUUCUAGGGUUUUUUCUCGUCUGAUUAGCUUUUUCUUUUUUCGUUUCUGGAUUUUUUUUCUCUCCCAAUUCCUCGAUCCAAUUUGUCGAUGUAAUUUCAGUUUAAGCCCUUCGGCUUUCAUGAUUGAUGUACAUGAAAUCAGUUUCUUCUACUGUAGUAAUACCCGAAUUUCCAAGUUUCCUCAAA